UGGCGGGAACGCGAGGAGUGAAGUUGUGUGAUUUGUUUUAAUUUGUCUAUUUAGUGUUUCUUCGGGUUUAAAUGUGUAAUAAUGGUGGUUUAUUAAAUGUUUAAUAUCUGUGAAAGUGCACGAAUGUAGGAAAAUGAAACAAAGCCGUUCGACGUAACUUCUCGGGAUCCUCCAAAAAGUCCAUUGAAAAAAUCUCAAUAAACGACCACCAUUUUGAUUACCAUUUUGAUUUGACCACUGAGAUUAUAUUUCAUCCCAUAUCAUAUCAUUUUAUUUAACUUAAUUUCAUCCCAGUUGAUUAAUGUCUCAAAUUCUUCAUUUCACUCCAUUUCAUAAUUUUUCAUAAAAAUACCCAUAUCAUAAUUAUCAUCUCAUCUCAUUUCAAUUCAUUUCAUGCCAUGCCAUGUUUUAUAUUAAAUUAAUCAGCUUAAUUUCAUUUCAUAAUAUCAUAUUUCAUAAAAAAAUCUAUAAAACACUAGGCUGUAUGGUGGGAUACCUUUGCCUUUCCAUUUGGAAAAAUAAAACUACUACUACUGUCUAUGGUAAAAGCGUAGCUAUUUACUGCUGUUUGUAAUUUGUGUUGAUAAAUCUACAAACGAUCUGAUUUCAAGUUCUAAAGAUGUGGUACUUAAGAGCCGAGAAUGACGAAAGAGUAUUGUACAUUACCCCUGAAAAAAGGGAAGUGAUUAUAGGCCGAAGUCCUGAUAAACAGAUAUGUAGCUUUCCUAUAAUUGAUGAUUCGUCGCUGAGCAGGCGACAUGCUUCUUUAACGCUGUCUUCAAAUAAUUGUUUAUUUGUGCAAGAUUUGGAUUCCAAGUAUGGUACGUUCAUUAAUGAUUGCACCGAAAAACUGACUACUAAAGUUCAACUCAAAUCUGAUGAUAUUGUGAAAUUGGGAAAGCUUAAUUGCAUUUGGCGGGUUUACAAUCUUGAGCUGGUAACAUGUACAUCAACAUUUGAAAAAGAAAAUCUUCUCCACCUCAAAUCUAUUCUGGAUAAAAUAGGAGGGCAACUAAAAAAUGAAUGGGAUGAUAGUUGUGGUUAUUUAACCAUGCCAGAAUUGACUUUAACUAUAGAAGUUGUUUUUGCACUAGUUCAAGGAUCGUAUAUAGUAACCACUGAGUUUUGGAACAAAUGCCUUGAAUCUAUACAUAACCUUUCAAUUCCACCAGACCCUCAAUUAUUUACUCCUGAAAUUAUAGAAACAACAUCGAACAGAGAAAUUGUUUCAUUUUUGCCUAAUGAUAAAAGAAAGAGUUUAUUUUUGGGAAUAAAGUGUGUUUUCUUUUCUAAACCACAGUUUGAGACGUAUAAAAAAGUCCUAGUUAAAAGUUCUGCAGAACCUUUGUUGUUGAGCGAGUCAAAACUAACAAAAGCUUCACUCUGUGAGCCAGAUUUCAUAGUCAUACAAUAUAAUAUAUCAAGUACAAGUCAAGAAACACAAGCUCAAAAAAACCAGAUGUUAGAAAUCAUUUCAUAUUUAAAAAGCAAGGGUAAAAGAGUAAUUCCUGAUGCAGAAAUUGGAUCAGCCAUACUUUAUUGUUCUUUAAAUAAAUAUUGCAAUCCUGACUUCAAUAUUUCUAAUGAAAUACUUAAACAAACAGAUCAAAAUAAGAUUACUAACAUUUUGGCACCAGAGUCUCAAGAAAUAACAAAUAUAAACAAAGAAGAACAAGUACUUCUCAAUGAAACAUUAGAAGUCACAAAUAGUUUUAAGAGAAAGUUAAGUGAAGUAAGCAGUUAUACCCAAAGCAACAAGAAAUUUGCUUCUGGGACUAACAACAUUGAAAAUGAUAACUGUAACAAAAGAAAAACUGAACAUCAAGAAUUUGAUGAUGUACAGAAUCCUCCCAAGAAACUAGCCAUGGAAAUGAAUUCAUCUGAAAAUGAGCUAUUCAACUUUGUAAAUCCUACCAAUAAAAAUAACAGCAAAACAUCAGAAAAAAAACUAAAUCUAUCCAAACCAAUGAAACGAAAAGCUGAUGCUGAUACAGACGAUGAUUUAUUCAAUUUUAUAAAAUUUAAUGAUAAUGCAAAAGAGAAUGCAUCAAAACUGUGUAGAUAUGAAGAUAAAGGCGAUGAAGGAAACUCCACAGUGUCUAUUUCAAAUGUCAAGAAAACUAUAACAACAGAGGAAAUAAUUGCUAUGAGAGGAAAGAAACUUGAAGAAUUAAAAAAUUAUACAAAGCCAUAUUCAGAGGUACAGCAUUGGAUUAAAAAAGAAAUAAGUGAUGACCUAAAUCAAAAAAUGAAUGAUCUUGACUUGGGAACCACUGUUGUUACUGUAAAAAGUGAAUUGAUAAUAAAAAAAGAACCCGUAGAAAUGCAGGAACCAGUAUCAUUAGUAAAAAAUUUCAAAAAAUUUAAGAAGGUUUGGCCGGUGAAAAUGAUGGUCACUGUUGUACCAAAAAUAGAAAAAGACAAACAAUUGAACGAUGAAGUAAAUUCUAUGGUUUAUACCCAGGACAAUAACUGAUACCUAAGCCAUUAAGAAUUGAUUAAAUCUAUAUUAUGGAUAUCAUUGUAAAUGUUUUAUAUGUUGUUAAGCAAAAUAAAGUCACAUUCAAUAUUA